AUGACUUUUGUGUCUAGUAAUAAUUUAUUAAGAAGAGAGGAGAAUAGCCCACAAAGAGAAAAAUGUGAUUCUUGCAACUUGCGAUGUAGUACAUUAACCAUUCAUUUAGUUUGUCUUAUGAUGUUUCGUGUAACGAUUGCUGCUCUUGCGAUUUUGUUGGCAUUAAUUUCUAAUGCUAAAGCACAAUCUUCUAAUUCUUCAUCCAUCCCGCAAAUUGAAGACCGAAUAGUUAAUGGCUCAGCCUUAAAAGUUGUAAAUCGUAAGUUUCAAGUAGCUGUUAUAUUAGGACCAUAUCUUUGUGGUGGAUCACUCCUUUCGAUGGAAUGGGUUGUAUCCGCCGGUCAUUGCGUUAAUGGACAAACAGCAAGUAAUACUUAUGUACGUGCUGGUUCUAAUAAUUGGGAUUAUGGUGGUGUUGUGAGAUAUGCAAAAACGCUUUUUCUUCACCCCGGCUUCAAUCCGUCUAAUUUAUUUAAUGAUAUAUCUUUGAUUCUUUUACAAAGUCCUUUUGUUCCCAAUAAUUAUAUAGGAACAAUUUCUAUAGCUAGUAAUUUACCAGCAGCUGGCCAACAAUUAUAUGUAUCUGGUUUUGGUCAAACUUCGACGAAUGGCAAUCUAGCUCCGUAUCUGGAAGGCGUUUGGGUUGAUAUGGUUUCAUUUACUCAAUGUCAACAAUAUUACAAUAAUCAAUUAUUAUCAACAAUGUUCUGCGCUGGAGAUCAAGGCGGAAAAGGGUCUUGUCAUGGUGACUCUGGUGGUCCUAUAACAUUUAAUGGAAAUUUAGUCGGAGUUGUUUCAUGGGGAUAUGAUUGCGGUGACAAUAAUUAUCCUACUGUUUAUACAAGAGCGCCACUUUUUUCUUCGUGGAUUCAAACUACGAUGAGCAGUAAUUAAGACUAGAAUCCCUUUUACGGUUUGUAUUUAUUUCUAUUGUUUAUUUCGAAAGUAAAAU